AUGCUUGCCAACGUUGUACCCACUCGCGUCGCCGUGGUGUUUGGCAACAACAAGCACAAUGCCGGCGCCGUGAUGCACCCUAGCGUGAACCUGCGCCACUGGAAGUCGUACGAGGCGGUGGCAUGCACCAUCGCAGACACCCUCAAGACUCUGGGGGUGGACGCGCUGGCCAUGCCUGACGGCGCAGACCUGAUUGAGCGCCUCAGGGCGGAGCGCAUCGGCCUGGUCUGGCUCAACACCGGCGGUGUGCAGGGGGAGUCCCCCGUGUGCCACACCUCCGCGGCCCUCGAGUCCGCGGGCGUCCCCUACAUCGGCCACACCCCCCUCAACGCCGCCCUGCUGGACGACAAGGGCAUCUUCAAGCUGGCGCUGGGGGGCCUGGGCCUGCCCACCGCACGCUUCGUCAUCUGGAACGCUGCCAAGAACGGCCGCCUGCAUCCCGAGACCAACCGCGCCUUCCGCCGCGCCUUUGGGUCCUACUCCGGCCCCUUCAUUGUCAAGCCCGUCAACGGCCGCGCCAGCCAGAACGUUGAGUUCGUGCCCUCCAUCGACGGCCUCGAGGCCAUGGUCGCCCAGGUGUUUGCCGCCACCGGCUGCCUCAUCCUCGUGGAGCAGUACCUUGGCGGCCGCGAGUACUGCGUCGCCGUCGCCGGCGGCGGCCCGACCGGCGGCGGCCUCGCGUUCAGCGCGGUCGAGCGCGUGCUGGGCGCCGGCGAGCGCGUGUUCACCUCGAUGGACGUCAAGGCCAUCACCGGCGACCGC